AGUUGUAACGAACAAGUGUUCCGUGAGACACCUGUCAAAGUUUCGGUAAACAAUUAAAUAUUUCGCAUAUUUGAUCAACCUCUUGUUCCUACUUAUGUGGUGUGUUUUUGGUUAUUUGUGAAUUGUGUUUUACAAAAUACGAAGUUUAAUUUCUCAAAAUGGAUAUGACACCAACUUAUUGGGAGGAAAAUUCGAACAUACAGCCCAUUCAGCGUGUUAAGUUCGAAAGUUGUAAUGCUCAUGACGAAAGUUCCAGAAUGAAAGAAGAAAGGGCAGUUUAUACAUGUUGUGAUACAAAUUUAAAUUUUUCUACAGCUACAUGUAGCGAAGACGAUUGUGAGUAUGGGCCCUAUAAAAAGAAUAAAGUAGCUAGGCAAGAUCCAAUGUCCCAUCGAAUAAUAGAGAAAAGGAGAAGGGAUAGAAUGAACAAUUGUCUCGCCGAUUUGUCACGAUUAAUACCCACAGAAUAUUUGAAAAAAGGUCGAGGGAGGAUCGAGAAGACGGAAAUCAUCGAAAUGGCUAUAAAACAUAUGAAAUAUUUGCAACAGGACCAAGGGAAUCCAACUGAGCACUAUCGGCUAGGAUAUCAAGAAUGUAUGUCGGAAGCGAUGCGAUUCAUGGUAGAAGUAGAAGGGCAUUUUCCACGUGAAGCCAUUUGCGUCAGACUUUUGAAUCAUUUACAAAAGCACGGCGAUUCAAUUUCCCGUGCUGCAUCGUUCAACGGGAACCACCAUUCUUCAUUGUUGACAGAACACAUUGUGCCAGUACCGAACAUACCAGAACCAAUUUCAAAUGACGUAAAUCCCAAGACAGUAGGCUACUCCAUGCCCAAAAUGGAACCCGAACCCAACAACAACAACGGCUCCUACAUAGUAAACCCCAAUAGUCAAAUGGUGACAGAAGCCGAGUACGAGAAACACGCAGACCAUCCAGAAACCCAUGCAAUGUCCUACAAAUAUAAGACCAAUAUCAAACUGAGGUUUAACCAAGACAGUAACGGGGGCACUCAAGAGCCCUCCAAAAUUCAGAAACUAGAAAAUGGAAGAAGAAACUCGUUGACGAGUAUAGAAAAUCAAAGUUCCAGCCAUAGCUCCCCUCCAAGCAGCGAGCCCUGCACACGAAUCUCAGACAGCGACAACACCCACAGAAGAUCUCCUUCGGACAGCACGUCCUCAGUACACAAGCUGGAACCUCCCAGAGCCGAAGUGAUCCAAAGGUACUCCCCCAGCAUCAAAGCGCCGAUUCCAGUAGACACCAAACAAAAUUUUAACGUCCCGAUAUUCGUCCUGCACGCCAAAGGAUCAUAUUACAUACCUCUCACCAUCGAUUAUAAGUCCCUACUUCCGUUCCUGCACAAUUAUGAUUUGUUGGAGAGCAUGCCCAUGCACGUCCUUCAUCCUGUCACUAUAAACGUAAAUUUUUCUCCCAAUUUCAGUGAAGGUAGCAAGUAUAGCGUCAACAAUUGGCAUUAGGCAAAUGAGGAAGUACUAAAAGGCUGUGAUGGUCAGGUUAACUCUUAAGACUGAUGUAAAAAUUAUUACAUAGGCUGUAGAUAACAGGUAGAAGUCUUUAUUUUUAGACCUGAAUAUGUAAACUUUUAUUCGAAGUGGAACCUGAUUGAUAAAUGUUCAUUUUUGUAUAAUGUUAUGACAUAUUACUGUAUAUUUUUGUUUUUGUUUGAAUUUUUCGUUAAAAAUUGGACACAAACAGUGGUCGGACCUCCAUACUGGGUUAAUAUCAUAUAUAAAUUUGCCAGGAAUAUCAGCCUGAAGCCGUAUGUUGCAAUUCUAGUACCCGUAAUGGGGUUAAAAUAAUAUGUCAACGCUUUUAAAAACACAUUUAACAAAGUAUCUUUUGUUUUGACAUAUCUUCGCCAUUAAACGCAAAUUUACAACAUUAGACAGUUUGUUUCUAGAAAAUGCAUCAAUAGAAAAAUUUCAAAAUGCAAAGAUAUCUGCCGCUCUUCAAAUAGAGGCACUACUGGGAAACAUACAC